AUGUACUCGGAAAAUUCCAACAAUAUAGUUUCUAUGCCGGAAGACAAUGUCGAUGAUGUUCGUGCGAUGCUGGAGCACAUAUAUACUCCUGGAGGUCGCGAUAUGACCUCCGAAUCGGCUCAUCGUCUCUUACCUCUGGUUCAUCGAUAUCAAAUUGAGUCUCUGGUGGGCGAGGCAGAGCGUAUGAUAACCUUCAACAUGACUGACAGUAUGGCUCCAGCUAACCUAAAGUUGGCAGACCUUUAUGGUCUCAAGCGGCUUCGACAAACUGCUAUAGACUCCUGCGCCCGUCUUGACGCCGUACGCCUAAAGCAGCUAUUGGAUGAAGCGAAAAUGCCGACGGAUUUGAGAGUUGAAAUCCUUGAGUAUGUCUAG